GGCUUCAAAUUCGUUACUUGUCGCGUGCACUUGACGGGCAUGAAAUGAAGUUCUGAUUAAAAAAAAAUAAAAGAAGAAGAAAAAAAAACCACCGCACCAUCAAUUCAGGCUAAGACUUUUUUUUUGGUUGCUUCUAUUCUUUGUUUUUCUCUUCUGUUCUUCUUCUGGUCUCUUGUCUUGCAUUCUCUGUCUCUGUCUCUGUCGCCUGGGCGCCUGCGCGGGUUUUUAUGUUGUCCUUUUGAUUUUCACGUCAAGUGACGUGCGUGCGUGCUCCCCUGGGAGUUUCAAAGAGGGCGUGUUGUUUGGAUCGGGUCGAAAGAGCCGAGGAGACGGACAUUUCAAACCCUGAAAUUGCAGAAUUGCUGGUGGUUUGUUGCUUUGUCUGGUGACAGAUCUGGUAAAGCCCCUGGCUCUAUGAGCUAAACGGCAUGGGGCAGUGCUAUGGUAAAAACAUCGCAGUAGAUGAUGCGGUGGAUGGAUCGCGGACGGGCUCGAGGACGGGACCGGGGGUUCACCAGAAUGGCGUCUCGUCUGUGAAGAAUACGCCGAAUCAUGCGUCUUCGAGCCCUUGGCCGAAUCCCUUUCCACACGCGGCGAGCCCCAUGCCAGGGGCGCUGCCGCCAGGGGUGCCACCGUCUCCUGCAAGGUCAACUCCUAGACGGUUUUUUCGCCGCCCGUUUCCCCCUCCUUCUCCCGCCAAACACAUCAAGUCCUCGCUCGUUAAGCGGCAGGGGGCGCCAAAGCAGCCAAAGGAUGGUCCUAUACCGGAGGACGGGGCAGAGAGUGAGCGGCCGCUGGAUAAGAGUUUUGGUUACAGUAAGAAUUUUACUUCUAAGUAUGAAUUGGGGCACGAGGUUGGCCGCGGCCAUUUUGGCCACACCUGCUAUGCUAAGGCUCGGAAAGGCGAGCUUAAAGGGCAGCCUGUUGCUGUCAAAGUCAUCUCCAAAGCCAAGAUGACAACUGCUAUUGCAAUUGAAGAUGUGCGGAGAGAAGUAAAAAUUUUAAAAGCAUUGUCCGGACAUGCUAACUUGGUCAAGUUCUAUGAUGCUUGCGAGGAUUCCAACAAUGUCUACAUAGUCAUGGAACUAUGUGAAGGUGGCGAGCUAUUGGACAGAAUUUUGUCGCGGGGUGGCAGGUAUACAGAGGAAGAUGCCAAAAUAAUUGUUAGACAAAUCUUGAGCAUAGUAGCAUUUUGUCACCUUCAAGGUGUUGUGCACCGUGACUUGAAACCAGAGAACUUUUUGUUUUCUACUAAGGAUGAGCAUGCUCCUAUGAAGGCUAUUGAUUUUGGACUUUCAGACUUCAUCAGACCAGAUGAAAGACUAAAUGAUAUAGUAGGUAGUGCGUACUAUGUUGCACCAGAAGUUCUUCAUCGAUCUUACAGUCUGGAGGGUGAUAUUUGGAGUAUUGGUGUGAUAACAUAUAUUUUGCUCUGUGGAAGUCGACCCUUCUGGGCAAGAACUGAGUCGGGUAUUUUCCGAGCUGUUUUAAGAGCUGAUCCUAAUUUUGAUGAUGCACCAUGGCCAUCUGUGUCUGCUGAAGCAAAGGACUUUGUGAAAAGGCUCCUUAACAAAGAUUUGCGUAAAAGAAUGACAGCUGCUCAGGCCCUUACACAUCCAUGGCUUCGUGGGCAGCACCCAAUUCCAUUGGAUAUUUUGAUUUUUAAAUUAGUAAAAUCAUACAUUCGAGCCUCUCCACUGAGACGUGCUGCAUUGAAGGCAUUGUCGAAGUCAUUGACGGAAGAUGAGUUAGUGUACCUUAAAGCUCAGUUUAAACUCCUCGAACCCAACAAGGAUGGGAGGAUCUCCUUAGAGAACUUCAGAUCGGCUCUAACAAGGAAUGCAACUGAGGCUAUGAAAGAAUCUAAGGUUCUUGAUAUUCUCAAUUCGAUGGAACAUCUUGCUUCAAGAAGAUUGGACUUUGAUGAGUUUUGUGCUGCCACUAUUAGUGUGUAUCAGCUAGAAGCUUUAGAUGGGUGGGAACAAAUUGCAAGCUCUGCAUUUGAAUAUUUUGAACAAGAGGGGAACAGAGUAAUCACUGUCGAGGAAUUAGCUCGGGAGAUGAACCUUGCAUCAACUGCACAUUCGGUUCUGCAUGAUUGGAUUAGAAGCACAGAUGGGAAAUUAAGCUUCCAUGGGUUCACCAAGUACCUGCAUGGUGUAACACUGCGCCAAAAUACAAGACCUCAAUAAUUUCUUAUAGGUUUCAUAUUUGUCAUUAUCUAAAUUAUAAUGCCAUUGUUGGGAAGCUCUUUAGCUCUGUUUAUUAGCUGCACCUGUUGAUGAAAAUGAUGAAUGCCCAGCAAUUCUGUUGGAACUUGUACUUGAAUAGCUGUCAUGAUAGCUUCCUUUUAGAGAUCCUGCCCGGAGCUAUUCAUUUGUAUGCCUCUCUAUGAAAGUGUGAUAAACCCAAGGGGCUUCCUGGAAUUGAGUUUUUCUGAUCAUUCCUUCCGGUGUAUUUACUGGUGUAUGUAUAGGCCUGUUUUCUUUGAUUGUCCUAGAAAACUUGUGCCAAAGAGAGGCAUUGAAGAUCUUAGGAAAUACUACAGAUUGAAUUAAAUGGCUCAGAUUCUUUCAUUUUUCCCCUGUGAAGUCCAUUUAAAGUUUCGAUGCAUGUUUAUAUGCAAUUAUCUGCUUAUGGCCUCUAAAAGGUCUAGCUGCACAGCGAAUAUCCUUCUAUCAUCUGGAAUUCAGAUAUAAUUUAUAAUCUCUUACCUUUUUGGACACUAUGCUUUCUAGUGUCCAUAGAUUCCAUACAUUGCCGAAGUUAAUGUUCUCAUUUUGCAGCUAUGUUUCUCAUUGGCUUCUGUUUUGUUGUAAUAUGUACCGUUACCAGUAUUCAUACUGCAACAGUUUUGGGAGAUCCAUGGACUAUUUAGCCUGUAUUUUUUGCUUGAUUAUUGAUAAUUUUAAAUCGAAUGAUGUUAAUUAGGCUAUGAUGCAAAA